AUGGACCAAAUGGAUUCAAGAAAAUCAUCGUACAUCCCUGAUCUCGGGUCGGAGGAACUCCCGCUCCCAUAUACGGAGUCCAUAAUGCACUGCAAGACUUCCAAGAACACGAAGUUCCAGAAGAUUGAUCUUUAUGACGGCUCCACCGACCCAUACGAUCAUCUUGAUAAUUUCAGGUCAGCCAUGGAUGGAAAGGAUGCGACUGAGGCAGACCGAUGCAAAGCAUUUCCCCAAACACUUAAGGGUUCAGCGCUCAAUUGGUUCCGUCGCAUCCCUGCCGGAACAAUCAAGAGUUUUGGAGACAUGCGAAGAGCCUUUCUCGAUGAGUUCAUGAUAGUCUCGAACCGCGUGUACACCCCAAAUAACCUAACCCAAAUACAUCAACUCCCGGAAGAAGGACUACGAGAUUAUGUAAUUCGUUUCCAAGGAGAGUAUCACCGAUGUGAAGGGGCGGACGAAAAGAUAGCAUAUGCUGCCCUAAUGGGAGGAUUUAGGUCCAGUCCAUUCUUGUUCAAAAUUUUUGAAAAUCCCCCGGGAUCAUUCAAAGCACUCAUGCGCGAGGCGACAAACUACUCAAGGGCGGAAAACCUCAACUAUGCUAGAGACAUGAGCACAGACACCCUACCCGCCGUGGGGACAAAGAGGCCUAGUGAGGUUUCAUUCGGUGCCAAAGCCCCGACCAACGAGUACAAGAAACCCAAGCCAUCUAACACUCCCGGGAAUGCUAGAACAAAGCCGAAAGUACCACUAUCAAGAUAUGGAAAAUACACUCCGCUCGCCGGCUCAAAAACGGAGAUCUUCGCUGUCGUGUCCCGGGAUCUUCCCGAGCCUAAGAAGAUUAGACCUCCGACCAGAGGCAGAAUCGAUGAAUCACAUUACUGCCGGUAUCAUAGGGAAUACGGGCACACCUUAGAAAAAUGUGUACACUUGGCGGACGCAUACCAAGCACUGAUUGAUAGAGGUGCCCCGAGCAUACAACGUUUCAUAAAAAGGGACGGGGAUCAGACUGGCGAUGCUAGGCCCGCAGGGCAGGAAACGCGGCCUAACAACCCAAGGGCGGUCAUCAAUACUAUCUCUGGAGGUCCAACCCUAGCCGGGACCUCGAACAGGGCCCACAAAGCAUACGCUCGAGCAGCCAACGCAGACAUUUUCCUAGUCGAUUCUAGACCCGCCAAGAUGAGACGAUUAGUUCCGGAGCCUAUCACCUUCACAGAUGAGGACGGCGAAGGGUUGAUCUACCCCCACAAUGACCCGAUCAUCAUCAAAGCCUUGAUCGAUGAUUGUGAGGUACCUCGUGUCCUUGUUGACGGUGGUAGAGCGGUGAACAUCAUUUCCGCCACGGCGUUUGCCAAGCUAGGUGUGGAUAUAGGAAUGUUGACAAGAGGAACUCAUCCCUGA